UGUGUGUGUGUGAGAGAGAGAGAGAGAGAGAGAGAGAGAGAGAGAGAGAGAGAGAGAGAGAGAGAGAGAGAUGCAGCAGCAAGUGGACGAUGUACUUCGCAAAUGGGAAGGCACGGCACACAGGGUGUCGAGGACAUUGGACGCUGUGCGAGGGGCUGCUCUGAAAGCAGUCGCCGGCUUCGUAGAUGACAAGUUCUCGAACCCUCGUCGUUGCAAGGAGGAAAAAAAGAGAUAUCGACGUGCGAACGACCAUAGCCGCGAUGGCGUCACAAGCAACAUCGUGUCUCCUUCUUCUUCUUCUUCGCCAUCCUCCUCCUCCUCCUCCUCCUCCAUCUCCAGUCCCGGCCGACUCCCCCUGAUCUCCCGCGAGCGGGUGGUUUUCCCCGGUCGCAGAUCGUUGCCAUUUGCCGCGCUUAGUCUGGCGCGCAGCGGCGCGCCGGUCGCGGCGCGGGCGGAGCAGGGUUCGCAGGAAGACGCGCAGUCCGGCGACCCACUGCCGCGCUCGGCAAAUGGAGAAGAGCUUGGGGGAGGGGUUGUUGUGAAGUUGGGAGGAACGGGGGGGGGUGAGGAGGAGUGGUUAGACGAAGGGGGGGGGGCAGAAGGGGUGCUAGACUCAUCGAGCGCCAUGGCUCAAGGCUAUGGCGGCGCUGUUUCCAAGGCAGAGCUGGGAAGAUGCACGUGGGUUCUCUUACACACACUCGCUGCGCAGUUCCCUGAGCGCCCAACCAAACAACAACAACGGGACGCCAAGGAGUUGAUGAUGCUGAUGACAAGGAUCUAUCCUUGCAAAGAAUGCGCUGAGCACUUCAAGCAGGUCAUGAAAGUCAAUCCACCGAAGACAUCGAGCGGUCCAGAGUUCUCGCAAUGGAUGUGUCAGAUCCACAACACCGUUAAUCGCAGCAUAGGGAAACCGCAAUUCCCGUGCCGAAGAGUAGAUGUGAGAUGGGGUGCGAUGGACUGCGACGGAAGUGCUUGUGAUCUUGAAGGCCGUCCGAUCAGGGCGAAGUGAAGGAAAAAAAAAAAGAAAACGAAAAAAAAAAAUCGACGGGUGAAAUUUACCUCCUCCUCCUCCUCCUCCUCCUCCUCCUCCGCCUCUUCGCCAUUUUUUGUAUUUUUUUAAAACCCUAUUGAACGAAGCCUUUCGUUCGGUUUCUCGGUUUUGCCUUUCUGCUUUGGUUUGCUUUUCUUUCUUUGCUCUCUCUCUCUCUUUUCUUGUCCUUUCCUUUCUCCGUUUGGUUUUCUUUUUCUUUAACUUCCUUUUUUUUUAAUUUCCGCCCUUUUCCUUUUUUUUUUGCGCUUACGUUACUAGGCUUUUUUUAAUUUUAUUUUUAUAGCCUAUCAUUUUUAUUUGUUUGGUUUUGAUGUCUGAAUGGGGUUGUUGUUGUCUGGUUGGUUGUGCAUGCUUAGCUGGCAUUGGUUAAUUUGGUUGUUGGUGGGUGACACGUGGGGGGAAGGGGGGGCCCGGGAGGGGGGGGGAGGGGGAGGGGAUGGGGGAGGUUGAAUCAUGCGCAUGCUGCGGUCCUUGUUUCAGGGUAAAUGUGUGGGCAGCUUUGGGGAUUUGACAGAAGAUGUGAUUUCAGUUUGAUUUGGCGUGGUGAUGUACACAUGAUGUACACGUGGCGUGUGCUUGUUGGCUGUUGUUUUUCUGUUAGCGUGUAUUAUACACGUGGACGUAGUAGAUUAGUUGUCCCCCUGCCACAUAUGAGUUAUUUUAUGAUGAAACGAAGAAGGGAAGAAACGGCUGUAGAGAGACUCCCAUCGGAUUGAUUUGAUAUCAAUCAAGCAUUAAUUAGUACUACACUCGAAGACUGUAGGAUUGAUUGGUAGCUCAAUAAUGAUUGAUUCGUCUCCUGGCACAUGUUUUGACACGUGUUUUUUUGUGGAGUGAUCGACGGAGGAUGGGAGGAGUUUAUUCAUCAUUCAUCAUUCAUCAUUCAUUAUUAUCCAACAAUGUUUUGACACGUGUUUUGACACGUGUUUUGACACGUGUUUUGACACGUGUUUGUCGAGGAUCGGCGAUGUCAUCUUGCAGUCUGUCAGACUGAUCUGGACCGUCUUGGCGUCCGCAAAUUGCCGGUCACUGAUCUGCAGGGUGUGUGACACGUGUCAUGACAAAGGCUGCAAGGAUUGUGACACGUGUCAUGCUGUUGUUUGUGGUCACCAUCCUCACACUGAAAACGGGUAGAGAAGGGAUGUAUGCAAGAGGCUGGGAGGUUGUCGGCUUGCGGGUUUUCCGUUGAAUGACGACACGUGUCCUGCAAACGGCCAUGGGAUUUUGCAUGAAGCAUCGGGUUGCAUGUGAAGCUGGAUAAGGACAGGAUAAGAUGAUCCACGUGGCAGCGCGCUAGCAAACGACAGCCAACAACGUGGUGGCUGUGGCGUAGGGCACGUUUCUUUCUUAGGGGUUAUAGAUGCAAAACUGGUGUAGCGUGCGGAAAAUCUGAGGUGCUCUUGAUUCUAUGAUACGAAUGAUGACUUCGUUCACAGAACCGUGCGCAUGUCAGUGCGCACGUGUGCGCUCGCUCGCACGUGCAUUUACCGGAGUUUGAUAAUCAUACAGGAUACGCUUAUUGACCUAGAGAUGGAUAGACUGCUGACGGAUUAACUAGGUAGGUUAAUGAAUAACGUUUGGAUAACGUUGGAGAUAACGUUUGUGGUAUAGAUAGAUUGAUAGACAGGUCCGGUUGGUGCUGAGCAGAAAGCCUCUGUUAGAAUGAACCUGGUCGUGCGGCAUGUCAGGUGCAUUCCAGUUUUUGCAUUUGAACUCCCAGGGCCGUGGUCUCACUUACCGACACAGAUUCUCUGUUGCUGGCCUUUGUCGAGUUUCGAGCACACCGGAAUGCACCUGACUGACUUCACGACCAGGUACAGUCCUGAUCCUCGUCGUGAUCUACUGCCAAAACCGCAUAAUCCGGGUGAUUGGGACCAGGUACAUCCUGGUACAGGGGACCCAGCCCGUAUGGGUGAAUGGUACAGCCAUGUGACUGUUGAUAAACAGACCUGAGUUCAAGACCUUAUGGAAUCCGCCGAUCCGCUGCAUGAAACAGACCAUUCAUUGUUGGACCAUUGGUUCAUGUGGGUAUGGUACGAAGACGUCAACAGCAAAGGCAGGGAAGAAUGAAGUGAAAAGGGAACAUGAAACGACAAUGAACUAGGAGAUGACAACGACAACGACGACGUCAACAACAAAGGUGAUGCUGCUGCUGCUGCGGCUGCUGCUGCCGCUGCUGAUGCUGAUGCUGAUGCUGAUGCUGAUGCUGAUGUUGAUGAUGAUGCGGAGCAUGAGGAGGCUUCAGAUAUGGGCGCAAAUAGCAAGAAGUAGAAGGGUAUGAUUCAGACGUGAAUGGUAAGAGUAUGAAGGAGAAGAAGAAGGAGAAGAAGAAGGAGAAGAAGAAGGAGAAGGAGGAGAAGAAGGAGGAGAAUGAGGAGAAGAAGAAGGAGAAGAAGGAGAAGAAGAAAGGAGAAGAAGAUGAGGUGAGCAUAAAUAAGGAUUUCUUAGUUGAAUGCAGAAGAAGGUUUCAAUGGCGAUGAUGAUGAUGAUGAGGAGGAGGAGGAGGAGGAGGAUAGUGUGGACGAGGAGAACAUGGGAAAAGCGUCGUUGGGACGAUGAUGUAAAUGCCGAUGUGAUGAUUGAGAAAUAUAACAUUUGAUAGCGGCUGAAGUUUUAAUCGGGAUCGAAAAGUGCCAUCAUUCUGAAUCAUCAUCAGAAUGAAGACCAGGUUCGAUG